CCUGGGCGGCGGAACGCCAUGGAGGGCGGCGGAGGCGCCUACGGGGCGGCCAAGGCCGGCGGUGCCUUCGACCUGGUCCGCUUCGUGCAGCAGCCGCAGGUGGUGGCGCGGAUCGUCAGCGCGGUCUUCGCCCUGAUCGUGUUCGCCUGCCUGGUCGGGGAUGGCUACAUGAGCCGGCCCGAGGACCCCCGGCUCUUCUGCAUCUUCAACCACAACGAGGACGCCUGUCGCUACGGCAUCGGCAUCGGCGUCCUCGCCUUCCUCGCCUGCAUCUUCUUCUUCAUGGUGGACGUCUAUUUCCCCCAGAUCAGCAACACUACGGACCGCAAGUACCUGGUCCUGGCCGACCUCGGCUUCUCAGGUCUCUGGACCUUCCUGUGGUUCAUCAGCUUCUGUUUCCUGACCAACCAGUGGUCCUGGACACAGGCUGAGGAUGUGUACAUCGGCGCGGACUCUGCCCGUGCUGCCAUCACCUUCAGCUUCUUCUCCAUCUUCUCCUGGGCACUCCUGCUCACCUUCGCUUACAAGAGGUACAAAAUGGGGGUGGAGGACUUUGCUCAAAGCUACGCCGACCCCAGCCCGGGGGUUCCGACUCCCUACUCCAGCUAUCCCAACAUCAGCCAUGAGAGCUACCAGCAGCCGCCCUUCACGCACACAGCGGAGGCCCCGGAGGGCUAUCAGCCACCACCGGUGUACUGAGCCCUGGCUGGCACCCGCGGGACGGCUGUACAGUGCAAUUCCUUCCGCGGGGUGGGAGGGAGGGAUCUGUGACUUGGAGGGCACAGUGGGGCGGGAGGGUGAUGGCUGCUUUGUUUAAGGUGACUGGGCCUUUUCAUGAGGUGCAGGAGGGGCUUCUGCCUGGUCCCAGAGCUGGAUCCUGACUGGAGGGUCCAGAGCCCAUUGUGUGAUUUGGUAGGUGGUUUGGCACACGAUGAUUUGCAGCUGCUGGGUGAGCAGUGCAGCUGCAGGUUGGGUGUGUGGGCAGCCUUGGCACUUACAAGCCUCUGCUUUUGCUGUGGUGCCUUGGUGGUGGGCUGCAGCUCACACCCCCGACUCUGGCCAGGCUCUGCCCCUGUGACUGUUGCCUUGGCCCAUCCUGUCUCCGGUGCCUUUCAGCCCUGCUGGCUGCAUUCCCCACGUGCUGUCUCGCUGCUGCAGCACAGCCAGGCCCAGCUCCUGCCUGCACUGCCUUCCCUUGCCUUCCCCAGCGGCUGCUUCUGGGCCAGCUAUUGCCAAAGCCCCCUCUUCUCUAAUGCCAUGCUGUGCCUUCCUCCAGCCUGCACUAGAGCUGCUGGUGCUUGGAUGAUGCCAUUUGGGGUCUGUGGGAGCAGUGAGCACUGAGAUCCCUCAGCAGAGCUGUGGCUGAGGACACCCUGGAGCACUUUCCUUGCCUUGUGUGCCUGCCCGAGUGCUGCUGUGAGGCUGAGCUCCUGCUCCCUGCCCACAGCUCCCUCCUGCACUCCUGCCACACCAGGAGCCUCUGGUCCAUUGUCUCAGGUUGUGUUUGCUGCUGUGCUGUGGUAAAGCUGUUCCCGGCAGCCGUGUGUGCCAUCACUGCUGGGGCCAGCCUUUGAGUAGUUGUCACUGUAGGGUUGGAAUAAAACUUUUUCACCAAGCCA